CCAAGAGCUCACCAAGGAGCACAACCGUCCCCUCUUCCCAGCGUCCUUAACACGUACCUACCAUGGCAUCUUCCUCUGCAGCGCUGCAGCAGAGUCUGGGCGAGUCGGAAGUGUUCGACCUCGUCUGUGACUACCUGCGCACGCGUCAGUUCUUUGAGGCUGAGCGCACAUUACGCUCUGAACGUGAGCAGGCUGAGACCACGGGCUCCCCUAGGGCCGCGUCCCCCGUAGCAGCCGCCAACCAGCAGGAUGCGACGCCGUCAGAAGACGCCACUGCUCCUUCGCUGGCUUCUCGUCUCGAGUUCAUGCUAGAGCGCAGCUACGUGACGCAGCUGGUGUCCGGUACCGGUCAGGAAGAACCUGAGAAGAUCUUCGUGCCUCGUCACGAGCUGGAGACGACGCCCAAGCGCGCACGUGCCAAUCUGGAUGGCAACGAGGCGCUAGAGAUCGAGGACGUGAACCGCAACACGUUGGAGGAGGGAGACGACGAGUUUAACAUCAGUACGCGCAUCGUGAGCUUCGAGGCCUGCAAGGACGACCCACAUGGCUCGGCCACCAUGCCUAUUUACCAGACGUCUACGUUCGCGCAACCUUCAGGCACCACGUUCGGCGCCUACGAUUACACGCGCUCAGGUAACCCCACACGCGCGGCUCUGGAGCGUCAGAUGGCCGAGCUGGAGGGCGGACACCGUGCCUUUGCCUUUACCAGUGGCAUGGCCGCGCUGUCCGCUGUCUCUCGUCUGGCUCAUGCCGGCGACGAGAUCGUACUCUCUGACGACUCGUACGGCGGCACGUACCGCCUACUGAGCAAAGUCGCCACCAAGAACGGCGUCGAUGUUAAGUACGUGGACCUGUCGGGCGAGAACGGUCCGAAGAACCUGCUGGCGGCACUCAGUGACAAGACGAAACUAGUCAUGAUGGAGUCCCCCACCAACCCCAUGCAGCGCAUCUGCGACAUCAAGCGUCUCGCCGAAGCUGCGCACACAGUCGGCGCCUUGUUGUCCGUGGACAACACGAUGAUGAGCCCCAUUCUACAGAACCCUCUCAAACUCGGUGCUGACAUCGUAGUGCACUCGGCCACCAAGUUCAUCUGUGGCCACAGUGACACCAUGUCUGGCAUCGUCAUCGCCAAAGACCCGGAGCUUUGCCGUGACGUUUACUUUUACCAGAACGCAGAGGGAACUGGCCUGGCGCCGUUCGACUGUUGGCUGCUGCUGCGUGGCGUUAAGACCAUGAGUCUGCGCGUGCUGGCGGCCCAGAAGAACGCCGUUAAGGUUGCAAACUUCCUGAACGACCACCCUCUUAUUAAGACCGUGCACUACACGAAUCUACUGCCCGAGAACUCGGCCGACCGUAAGAUCCACGACUCACAGGCUCGCGGUUGCGGCUCUGUCGUGUGUUUCCGCACCGGCUCGCUCGCCUUCUCGCAGCAUCUUCUGACUGUCACCAAGCUGUUUAAGAUCACGGUCAGCUUCGGUAGCGUUAACUCGCUGAUCUCGCUGCCCGGCGCCAUGUCACACGCCAGUAUUCCCGAGGAGGUGCGUAAGGCGCGCUCGUUCCCGGAGGACCUGGUGCGGCUGUCUAUCGGUGUGGAGGACGCGAAGGAUCUCAUCAAGGAUCUCUCGCAGGCGCUGCAGUCGUACGUGCCUCCUCAGACGACGCAGUAAAAGCGCUAGGGCCUAUAGUUCAAGUGAGAUCCUCUGAAUUCGGAUGGGGGCUGGUAUCAAGUCUAGCCAUCCUUCAUGGGGUCAACGUAGUCGCGAGGGUGUUCCCAGGCCUGCCAAGAGCUGUUAGCUCUUCGUUGUGUCGGGAGUCUCGCGUGGUGCGUCGGAUCAUCAACCCCGUAGCACACGACGGUGUGCUGCGCAUUUUGAAUCCAAACGUGGACUGUAGUGUAGAUCGACCAAGUUGUAGGAGUGGCGACUAUUUCGACAAGUUAGUGUAGACUACUACUGCAGUAGUUUGUUAGUGUCGAGGGCGUGCCACAACACAAAUACAGAAGCGCGUCA